AUGAAACUCCCUUGGAAAAGGCUGGUACGCUUCGUUGGCGUGGACGGGAGCUCGUAUUACGGCGAGCCGGACAUCACCAAUGUUGAAAAUCUGGUGGAUCUGUAUCGUGCAGGCAAACUCAACGCAUACCCUCUUGAUGGCGAUAUCUUCGAUGGAAGUGCUACGUUGAGCACCCAUUCAAUCAAGGUCGAAAAGCUGUUGGGUCCACUCGAGGCAUCUCAAGUUCCAGCAGUCAAGGGAAUCGGACUGAAUUACGUCAGUCAUAUUAAGGAGGCAGGCCGAACGACGCCGACGUAUCCAAUGUUCUUCAUCAAGGGAUCAAAGAGUGUCAACGACUGGGGUGCCCCAAUACCGAUCCCUAAAGUGGCACAGCAAGAACAGUGUGACUAUGAAGGAGAGAUGUGUUUUGUCAUCGGUCGCGAAGGGAAAGAUAUUCCAAAAGCUGAAGCCUUGAACUACGUUGCAGGAUACAUGACGGGAAAUGAUAUGUCGGCACGAACAUGGCAGAGGAAUCCUAAGUUUGCUGGCCCUGUCCCUCAGUUCAACUUCAGCAAAGGAUUCGACAAGUACGCGCCUCUGGGACCGCUGUUGGUAUCUACAGAGCUGCUUGGCGACGCAAGCAAUCUCGACCUUGAGACGCGAGUCAACGGCGAGCUCAGACAAAGUUCGAAUACAUCAGACCUGCUAUUUGAUGUGCCCACCCUCGUCGAGUUUCUCAGUCAAGGGACCACGCUGGAGAAAGGCACAGUCGUCAUGACUGGAACUCCCCGGGGCGUAGGGAUGGGCAUGAAUCCCCCUGUAUGGUUGAAGCACGGUGAUACCGUCGAAGUCACUGUUGGCGGGCUUGGUACUCUUGCGAAUAGCAUCGUCUUCGAGUGA